GUUCAACACAUUUUUCUAAGGUUCUUUUUCAUUAACUCUUUCUCUUUGUGAAAUGUAUUUUAUUCUAAUGCUAUUAUCAAAACUUUCUUGGUCUAUGUUCAUGUUAAAUGAAAUGCAUUUGUUGAAUGAACUAGAAUUUGUAUUUCUUUUCUUGGUCUAUUUGAUAUACUUUAUAAGAUUAACAAAUGCAUAAUGCUAUAUUUGUACCAUAUUAAUCAAUUUUCUAAUGUGAACUAUCAAUUAAUCAGUUUUAGUGUUCAUUUCACAUUUCAAUUUUAUUGUUCAAUUUUUGUCGCGCUGAUUUUGUUUCGAUGUAAUAUGUUUAGAACUAGUAUAUGCAUAAUAUCAGUUUAUUUUUCUUGAACAUUUUGUUGUAAAUGCCAAAUUUGAGUUUCAAUUUAAUGUUUUACAGAAACUAAUUUCAUGUUAGUAAGAGAUUUAAUGGAAAAAAAGAAGUUAAACCUCAACCAGCCAAUUUUAUCAGUGAGGAGAGUCAGAUCAACAAUAGCUUCUGAAUCGGACGAUAAAAGGAAAAGCACUAAUAAUUCAUUAGCAAGAUUACCACCUUCAGGUCCAGUGAGAGUCGGCGCUAUUCCUUUUCAAUGGGAGAAAACUCCAGGAAAACCGAAAGAUAUAUCGGUUAUUGAAAACGGAAUUGGAAACAAUGUUUCCGGCUCUCAAAAUGUUGUAUCUUUUGAUAAAAAGGUAAUACUACAUGAGAGCGGAAAAGAGGGAAUCGAGGAGAAGGCAGGUUCUGAUUCGGACGAUGGAAAUGAGAGUUUUAAAGAUGCUCGUGACACUCUUUCGAGGACUGAAUCAUUCUUCAUGAGCGGUAGAAUGAGUGGUGUAUAUGAUGAUCAUGAGGUACAAGUCCAACCAAAGGGAAGUUUCUUGAGCGAUGAAAAGGCUCGAGAUUUCAUGAUUGAUCGGUUUUUGCCUGCUGCUAAGGCAAUGAUAUCUGAAACACAUCAAUAUGCUUCAAAGAAGCCGAUUGUUGGACAAGGACAACAAAAACAGUUAUGGAAAAUCGGGAGUACAGAAAAUUCAUCUCCUCUUAAUCAACAUCGACUGAAAUCAUUGCGGCAUAAGGAAGGAGGCGUAUUUGAAAUCGAUGAUUCUGAAAACUAUACUACGACUUGUGGACUAUUUCCUCACUUCUGUCUUUUGAAUCCAAUGCCAGCAGAAAGAAUGGAGAAUGAGCACAGUGCUACUAGACCUCCUUAUCAAAGGGGUUGCGGCGAAUCAUUAGCCUGUGAGAGUCCCGCUGUUGAGAAAACUGUAUAUGUUGAUUCUGUGCACAAGAUCAAGUUUCAAACCAAUCAGAAAGGCGACAAUUUUGAGGCUUUGAAAAGUGAUAGUGACAUUAACAAGAAUCUUUCGGUAGAUUCUUUGCUCGAAAAUCGCCAAUGGUUGGAUGAUGUAAAUAUGAAGGCAGCAUUAGAAGCCAAAAUUCUGCAGUCUGUUGAUUCGCCUUUCCUCAUUUGUUCUGAAGAUCCUAGCAAUGGUAUGCAAAUGGAAACGACAAAUUAUUCGAAGAAAAUGGACUCGGAAUUAGGAAAGCUUGGCAACCAAGGAAACAACUUGGAGCAGAACACGGUGUUGAUUUCAAGUCCAAAAAUGGAUUAUGAUGAUAGCCUAAUUAAUAAUUCUGAGGUUGAUAUUAAGAACCAACCAGCUGCCAAAUUGAUUGAUACAGUCGAAGGUGAAGAGAAGAUUGACUUAGAAAGGCAAUGUGGUAUAUUAGGCCAUCAGGAGCUAUCUGAUGCAACAAACUUUUUUGAGAUUCCUCUUGUGCUUCCUUCGCUGAAAGCUCCGUCAGAAUCUUGGCUUAAGCGUACUUUACCUGCCAUUUCCACAAGGGACGCAUCUUCAAAGUCUAAACCUUGCUGCAAAUAUUUGUACAAGACAACAUCACUGUGUCUCAAGUGAGAAACAGUUGUUAAUUCUUCUAAUGUAGUCCAAUGUGGUGUCAUGAAA